AUGACGGGCUUCCUACGGGUCGAAGGGACGAAAAUCGUCAACGAAGAUGGCAAACCAGUUAUCCUUCGUGGCGCUGCUACUGGAGGUCACCUCAACAUGGAGAACUUUAUCACUGGCUACGCCGGACACGAGACCGAGCACAAAGAAGCUAUGUUGAAAGUGAUGGGUCAAGAGAAAUAUGAUUUCUUCUGGGACAAAUUCUACGAUUAUUUCUGGACGGACAAGGAUUCGGAAUUCUUCGCUGCUUGCAACCUCAAUUGCCUCCGUAUCCCGUUUAAUCAUCGCCAUUUCAUCGAUGAUCGGGACUUGACCAAGAUCAAUCCCAAUGGCUUCAAACUGCUUGAUCGGGUGGUGGAAAGUUGUGCGCGAUUCGGCAUCUAUACUGUCUUGGAUCUUCACACUGUGCCUGGUGGUCAGAACCAGGAUUGGCAUUCUGACAACGGAACCCAUCGCGCUCAGUUCUGGGAUUAUGGACAUUUCCAAGAUUCCAUCAUCGAGUUAUGGAAGGCGAUUGCAGAGCACUACAAGGACAACGCCUGGAUCGCUGGAUACAAUCCUCUCAACGAACCCGCCGACCCCAAGCACACCCGCCUCAUCGACUUCUAUACACGAAUCGAAAAGGCCAUCCGCUCAGUUGACGACAAGCACAUCCUCUUCCUUGAUGGAAACACCUAUGCCGCUGAUUUCAACUACUUCCCGGAAACACCCUAUCCCAACUCCGUCUACUCCAUCCACGAUUACUCCAAAUACGGCUUCCCCUCAUGCGAGGAGAGAUACACCGGCACCGAGACACAAAAGAGCAAACUCCUCGCCUCCUACGAGCGCAAGAUCGCACACAUGAAACAAGUCGGCGUGCCCGUCUGGAACGGAGAAUGGGGUCCCGUCUACGCAUCCGCCAUGCGAAACGACACCGACAUUGAGGAGACGAAUGCAUCGCGGUACCUCCUCAUGCGCGACCAACUAGCAAUCUACAAAAAGGGCGAUCCCUCCGGCGACAGCGCCCCAAUUUCCUGGUCCAUCUGGCUAUACAAAGACAUCGGCUACCAGGGCUUGACAUUCGUCUCCCCAGACUCGAAGUGGUAUCGCCACCUCCGACCCUGGCUCGACAAGAAACUCUCCCUUGGCCUGGACAGAUGGGGCCGUAACGCCGCGCCGGAGGUGGAGAGUAUCUAUCAGCGCGUAAAAGAUCACUUUAACGAAGUUAUUCCUAAGGAACACGCGAGGGUGCUGUACCCACCUACGUGGAGCACGAGUGAUUAUGUUGAUCGGGUUCUGCGGGAUGUGCUGCUGUCGCAGUAUUUGGCGUGGGAGUUUGCGGAUUAUUUCAGGGAUCUGUCGUUUGAGGAGUUGGAUGAGUUGGCGGCUUCGUUUAAGUUUGAGAAUGUGAUGCAUCGGGAUGAGUUGAUUGGGUAUCUGAAGAAUUGGAUUUAG